CCAAAAAAGUUCAGCUCGUAUGAACAUUAAUGCCAUUUUGAUCCAUUUGACCUUUGUCGAUUUGCACAAAGAUCGGCUCGAUAACUGACGUGUGUCAUGUCGAGGGAAGCUUUACAAGAGUCCCCCGGGUCAGACGGGUGCAUGUAAUGUAAGAGAGAGGGUUUUUUUCCGGGAAGAUUUCCACAAUGGGUCAGCGCCUGACCGAGGAGAGCGACCCAGAAAAGGAAAUCGAUGUGGCAGAGCUGCAGGAGUGGUACAAGAAAUGUGUGGUGGAGUGCCCGAGUGGAACUCUCUUCUUGCACGAGUUCAAGGGUUUCUUUGGCGUCGCCGAUAACAAGGAGGCCGCAGAUUACAUUGAGAACAUGUUUCGAGCCUUUGACAAGAACGGCGACAACACCAUUGAUUUCCUGGAGUACGUGGCAGCGUUGAACUUAGUCCUGAGGGGUAAACUCGAACACAAGCUCAAAUGGACAUUCAAAAUGUACGAUAAAGAUGGAAGCGGAUGCAUUGACAAAACGGAGCUUCUCGAAAUCGUGGAGUCUAUUUAUCGACUGAAGAAGGCCUGCCAUGGGGAGCUGAAUGAAGAAUGCAAUCUGCUGAGCCCGGACCAAGUGGUUGACCGGAUAUUUGAGCUGGUUGAUGAAAAUGGAGAUGGGGAGCUCUCGUUGGACGAGUUCAUUGACGGAGCACGGAGGGACAAGUGGGUGAUGAAGAUGCUGCAGAUGGACGUCAACCCCGGAGACUGGAUCAAGGAGCGGAGCGGCAGCACUGACUGCUAAGGCUGGAUUAAUAAUACACACAUCAUUCAUGUGUAUUUAGAUGUUUUCCAUAAUGCUAUACUAUCAUAAAAUGGCGGGUCAACACACCAUUUUAUUGCUGGCUAUGGUUUUGUUUAUCCGCUUUUAUUACUGUAUUUUAUACAUACUGCGAAGAUAACAUGCAUACUGUAUUUUCUACUUUAUUUGUGUCAUAAAAUGAUGAUUAUGAUGAUUAAUUAAGACCCCUACACAACCACAGAGAUUUAGAAUGAAUAGAUCCUCAUUCACUGAAAGUUUUUUUGGCUCGACAGUGUAAUUCUUUGCCUCAAUUCCACAAAAUGCCCAAUAAUAAUAGUAAUUAGCAUUAUGGGUGUAGUGCAGAUAUUAUAUUUCAUGGACAGCAACUUACUGUAUUUUUUAUGUCAAGAAAAAGUGCAUACUAGCUUCAUGGGGUCUCACAAGUACUGGUGGUCAAGUUGUUAAUAAGAUGUGAAACUAAAAUGAUGCUUUGAAAGUG